GGAUCCGCGCGCAGCGGCCGGAGAUGCAGCGGGGCGCCGCGCUGUGCCUGCGCCUGUGGCUCUGCCUCGGACUGCUCGACGGCGAGCGAGGCCUGACGAGUGGCUACUCCAUGACCCCCCCGGCCCUAAACAUCACGGAGGAGACGUACAUCAUUGACUCCAGUGAUAGCCUGUCCAUCUCCUGCAGGGGGCAGCACCCCCUCGAGUGGGCCUGGCCAGGGGCUCAGGACGUACCGGCCACAAAGGAUAAGGACAGCGAGGACACGGGGGUCAUGCGAGACUGCGAGGGCACGGACGCCAGGCCCUACUGCAAAGUGCUGCUGCUGCCUGUGGCCCACGCCAACCACACGGGCCGCUACCGCUGCUACUACAAGUACAUCAAAGCCCGCAUCGAGGGCACCACUGCGGCCAGCACCUACGUGUUCGUGAGAGACUUGGAGCAGCCAUUCAUCAACAAGCCAGACACGCUCCUGGUCAACAGGAAGGACUCCAUGUGGGUGCCCUGCCUGGUGUCCAUCCCCGGUCUCAACGUCACGCUGCGCUCGCAAAGCUCGGCCCUGCAGCCUGAUGGGCAGGAGGUGGUGUGGGAUGACCGCCGGGGCAUGCGGGUGCCCACGCCACUGCUGCGCGACGCCCUGUACCUGCAGUGUGAGACCACCUGGGGCGGCCAGGCCUUCCUUUCCAACCCCUUCCUCGUGCACAUCACAGGCAACGAGCUCUAUGACAUCCAGCUGUUCCCCAAGAAGUCACUGGAGCUGCUGGUUGGGGAGAAGCUGGUCCUGAACUGUACCGUGUGGGCCGAAUUCAACUCGGGCGUUACCUUUGACUGGGACUAUCCAGGGAAGCAGGCAGAGCGGGGUAAGUGGGUGCCAGAGCGGCGCUCCCAGCAGACUCACACAGAGCUCUCCAGCAUCCUGACCAUCCACAACGUUAGCCAGCAUGACCUGGGCCCGUAUGUGUGCGAGGCCAACAACGGCAUCCAGCGAUUCCGGGAGAGCACCGAGGUCAUUGUGCACGAGAAGCCCUUCAUCAGCGUCGAGUGGCUCAAGGGUCCCGUCCUGGAGGCCACAGCAGGAGAUGAGCUGGUGAAACUGCCCGUGAAGCUGGCAGCGUACCCCCCGCCGGAAUUCCAGUGGUACAAGGACAGAAAAGCAGUGUCCGGGCGCCACAGUCCGCAUGCCCUGGUGCUCAAGGAGGUGACGGAGGCCAGUGCAGGCAUCUAUACCCUCGCCCUGUGGAACUCCGUGGCCGGCCUGAGGCGCAACAUCAGCCUGGAGCUGGUGGUGAACGUGCCCCCCCACAUCCACGAGAAGGAGACCUCCUCCCCCAGCAUCUACUCCCGCCACAGUCGCCAGGCCCUCACUUGUACUGCCUACGGGGUGCCCCCUCCUCUCAGCAUCCAGUGGCACUGGCGGCCGUGGACACCCUGCAAGACCUUCACCCAGCGCAGCCUCAGCCGGCGGCAGCAGCGAGACCACAUGCCACAGUGCCGAGACUGGAGGGAAGUUACCACGCAGGACGCUGUGAACCCCAUCGAAAGCCUGGACACCUGGACUGAGUUUGUGGAGGGGAAGAAUAAGACGGUGAGCAAGCUGGUGAUCCAGGAUGCCAACGUGUCCGCCAUGUACAAGUGCGUGGUCUUCAACAAAGUGGGCCAGGACGAGCGGCUCAUCUACUUCUAUGUGACCACCAUCCCCGACGGCUUCAGCAUUGAAUCCGAGCCUUCAGAGGAGCCCCUGGAGGGUCAGACCGUGCGCCUGAGCUGCCGGGCAGACAACUACACCUACGAGCAUCUGCGCUGGUACCGCCUCAACCUGUCCACGUUGCACGAUGCGCACGGCAACCCGCUGCUGCUCGACUGCAAGAACGUGCACCUAUUUGCCACGCCGCUGGCCGCCAGCCUGGAGGAGGCGGCCCCCGGGAUGCGCCACGCCACGCUCAGCCUGACAAUCCCCCGAGUGGCACCCGAGCACGAAGGAGACUACGUGUGCGAGGUGCAGGACCGGCACAGCCAGGACAAGCACUGUCACAAGAAGUACCUCUCAGUGCAGGCCCUGGAAGCCCCGCGGCUCACGCAGAACUUGACUGACCUCCUGGUGAAUGUGAGCGACUCCCUGGAGAUGCGGUGCCCAGUGGCAGGGGUGCACGUGCCCAGCAUCGUGUGGUACAAAGAUGAGAGGCUGCUGGAGGAAGAGUCUGGAAUCGACCUGGCCGACUCAAACCAGAAGCUGAGCAUCCAGCGCGUGCGUGAGGAGGAUGCAGGCCACUAUUUGUGCAGUGUGUGCAAUGCCAAGGGCUGUGUCAACUCCUCUGCCAGCGUGGCCGUGGAAGGCUCCGAGGAUAAAGGCAGCAUGGAGAUCGUGAUCCUUGUUGGCACCGGGGUCAUCGCAGUCUUCUUCUGGGUCCUUCUCCUCCUCAUCUUCUGUAACAUGAGGAGGCCAGCUCACGCAGACAUCAAGACGGGCUACCUGUCCAUCAUCAUGGACCCCGGGGAGGUGCCUCUGGAGGAGCAGUGUGAAUACCUGUCCUAUGAUGCCAGCCAGUGGGAGUUCCCCCGGGAGCGGCUGCACCUCGGGAGAGUCCUUGGCCACGGGGCCUUUGGGAAGGUGGUGGAAGCCUCUGCUUUCGGAAUUAACAAGGGCAGCAGCUGUGACACUGUGGCGGUGAAAAUGCUGAAAGAGGGCGCCACCGCCAGCGAACACCGCGCCCUGAUGUCGGAGCUCAAGAUCUUAAUCCACAUCGGUAACCACCUCAACGUGGUCAACCUGCUGGGGGCGUGCACCAAGCCCAACGGCCCCCUCAUGGUGAUCGUGGAGUUCUGCAAGUAUGGCAACCUUUCUAACUUCCUGCGCGCCAAGCGGGAAGCCUUCAGCCCCUUCGCGGAGAAAUCCCCUGAGCAGCGAAGGCGCUUCCGCGCCAUGGUCGAGGGCGCCAAGGCUGACCGGAGGAGGCCGGGAAGCCCCGACAGGGCCAUCUUCACGCGGCUGCUGAUGGGCAAGGGCGGGGCGGGGCGGGCCCCUUUGGUCCAAGAAGCAGAGGACCUGUGGUUGAGCCCGCUGACUAUGGAAGACCUUGUCUGCUACAGCUUCCAGGUGGCCCGAGGGAUGGAGUUCCUGGCCUCCCGCAAGUGCAUCCACAGAGACCUGGCUGCUCGGAACAUCUUGCUGUCAGAAAGCGACGUAGUGAAGAUCUGCGACUUCGGUCUGGCCCGGGACAUUUACAAAGACCCUGACUACGUGCGCAAGGGCAGUGCCCGGCUGCCCCUAAAAUGGAUGGCCCCCGAGAGCAUCUUCGACAAGGUGUACACCACGCAGAGCGACGUGUGGUCCUUCGGGGUGCUGCUCUGGGAGAUCUUCUCUCUGGGGGCCUCCCCGUACCCUGGGGUGCAGAUUAAUGAGGAGUUCUGCCAGCGGCUGAGAGAUGGCACCCGGAUGAGGGCCCCAGACCUGGCCACCCCUGCCAUACGCCGCAUCAUGCUGAGCUGCUGGUCCGGGGACCCCAAAGAGAGGCCUGCAUUCUCGGAGCUGGUGGAGAUGCUGGGGGACCUGCUCCAGGGCGGGCGCCGGCAGGAGGAGGAGGACGGCAUGGUCCCCUGCAGCUCUCAGAGCUCAGAGGAGGGCAGCUUCUUGCGGGCGUCCACCACAGCCCUGCACGUCACCGAGGCCAACGCCGAUGCCGAGGACAGCCCACUGAGCCUGCCCCGGCACAGCCUGGCCGCCAGAUAUUACAACUGUGUGUCCUUUCCGGGGUGCCUGGCCAGAGGGACUCAGACCCAGGGUUCGUCCAGGAUGAAAACGUUUGAAGAAUUUCCCAUGACCCCGAUCACCUACAAGGCCUCGGUGGAUAACCAGACAGACAGUGGGAUGGUACUGGCCUCCGAGGAGUUGGAGCAGCUGGAGAGCAGGCACAGACAAGAAGGCGGGCUCAGCUGUAAAGGACCCGGCCAGAAUGUGGACGUGACCAGGGCGCAUCCUGACCCCCAAGGGAGGCGGCGGCAGCUGGACCCGGGGGCACAGGGAGGCCAGGUGUUCUACAACAGCGAGUACGGGGAGCUGGCGGGGCCACGAGAGGAGGGCACCUGCACCCCGGCCACCCGCACGCCCUUCUUCACAGACAACAGCUACUAAGAGAGCCCAGGCAAGGCCCCCGCGCCCAGCUCCAACAGUUGGUGGGGCCGUGCCUGGCGGGGUGAGCAGAGGGCUGGCAGCCUAGGCUGGGAACUCAUCACCUUUGGUUCAGGCCAGGGGAUGUUUCCUCAUCUGUAGCUAGGAAGAGCAGAACCCAGGCUCCAGGACUCCCCAGGACUGCAGCCCCACGCCUGCCUGGGGCCCUUCUCCCAGGCCAGAUUCAGAUUCCAGUCAGCUCAGUGUCCACAGGGGCAGCCCCGGGCUGGGCACUCCCAUGGGGAAUGUCUCUUUGAUGGUGGGUGGUGGCAUGAUCCCAUUUUCUAAUGAGAAAUAUGAGGGUGUGAGAGUCACAUGGUGAUGGAGGUGGAGCCAGGCUGCAUCUGCGGUCUCCCAGCCCCCACCCCAAGCCCCUGCACCAAGCACUGUCCCUCCACACAGCCUUCCCUUUCCCUGGGGAAUGGCUUUCUUCACUUGCCUUUCAAAGGCUGAAGGGAAGGGGCCAUAUUUCCAUCGCAAAGCAGCAAAUGAGGGAUCUGGGGAGGGGUCCUGUCUUGAGGCCAAACAGCUGACCCUUUCCAGGGGCAGCAUCUGCAGUGCUGCCAGUUACAGCCGCCUUCCUCUGAGUGUUGAGGUCUAUUCAACAUACUUUUUCCAUUAGGACUUCAGAGACUGAGCUGCUGUGAACAAUUUACUUUUCAAAACUUCAGUCCGAAGGCAGCCCAGGAAAGGUCUUUCUGAAUCUGGAUGAUUCUUGCCUCUGGCCCCAAGUCAGGUGCCAUCAUAGCAGACACGGUCAUCGUCACCUCUUUCUGGAGAAGGCCCCCAGCCCCACCUCCUGGACUAGAAUCAGAAGAACCAGCUGAUGGUCUAGAGCUGCCCCAUUUGAGAAACGCCUGGUUCUUCCCUCUGGGGCCUAGAUCUGCCACCUGAGGCAACUCGCAAGCCAUGAACAUCCUUAUGAGAGGUGAACACCAUGGGUUCCACAAAGGAAGGCUUUGGGGGUGGCCCCAAAGACCCCUCAACAUUGCUCUGUGCCAUGAAGCAAUCAGCGGACGUUCUUGUGGCCCCUGGGAGACCUCAUCUUCUGCCCCCUGGUCUCUGCCUGAUGUCGGUGCCCUGGCAGGUCAAGGCUCUGCCCUCACCGGAGAGCAGCCAAGGACCCUCUGGAGGCUGGAGCCAUUCUGCCCAGGCCCCCAUACCAGCUCACUGCCCAGGCUCCCCACCCCUGGCAGGAGAAAGACCCUCCUCCCAGUUAGCAUCAUGGAGAUUGACAGCCCACCUACACCCCACAAGACGCUUGCAGGACAGGCGGCUGUGCGGCGAGCAGGGGCUUGCCCGGCAGACCUCUCCCGCCCCGACCAAGGUGUAUUGUUCCUUUAGGAUAUGUCGAGUGCUCCUGUGACUGUAAUCCUCACUGUCCCCAGUGGAUCCCCUCCUCUGAUGUCACCUGACUGUGGGACCUGGUUCUCAGGUUUACCUGGUGGAAGUCCAGAGGCCGUUCUCAAUCUGAGGAGCAAUGCUUAUGACACGGGAGCAGGGCCCUGUCCCCCAAGCCCCUCCCACGUGCGUACCACCUGUUUGUGUCACCUCUCCUCCUGUCACAUAACUGCACACACAAAAAUGUACUGGGAAGAUAAUCUACCACGCCCUUGUAGAGCAUGUGCUCCGAAAAGAUCUAAACUAUUUAACAAAAGAUAAUAAUAAAUUUGAUGCCAGUC